UCUCUCUCAGAGGAGGAGAGCGCCAGGAGCAGUAGAGCCCAUCUCUCUCUCUCUCUCUGCCUCUUCCCAUAGCAACUGGCAGGGGCUCGGGGACGUGAGGAGCGCGAAUGGGCAGAGCAGAGUCUCUCGAAGGGAAGAUGAGCACCCAGGAUCCUUCAGAUCUGUGGAGCAGAUCAGAUGGAGAUGCUGAGCUGCUUCAGGAAUUGGGGUGGUAUCACGGCAACCUCACACGUCAUGCAGCCGAGGCUCUUCUCCUCUCAAACGGAUGUGAUGGAAGCUACCUUCUGAGGGACAGCAAUGAACGGACCGGGUUGUACUCUCUCUCUGUGAGAGCCAAAGACUCUGUCAAACACUUUCAUGUUGAGUAUACUGGAUAUUCAUUUAAAUUUGGCUUUAAUGAAUUCUCAUCUUUGAAGGAUUUUGUCAAGCAUUUUGCAAAUCAGCCUUUGAUUGGAAGUGAGACAGGCACUCUGAUUGUCCUGAAACACCCCUAUCCGAGGAAAGUGGAAGAACCUUCCAUUUAUGAGUCUGUCCGGGUUCACACAGCAAUGCAGACGGGAAGAACGGAGAAUGACCUCGUGCCCACUGCACCUUCUCUGGGCACCAAAGAAGGUUACCUCACCAAACAGGGGGGCCUGGUCAAGACCUGGAAAACAAGAUGGUUCACGUUGCACAGGAAUGAACUGAAAUACUUCAAAGACCAGAUGUCACCAGAACCAAUUCGGAUCUUAGACUUGACAGAGUGUUCGGCUGUACAAUUUGAUUAUUCACAGGAAAGGGUAAACUGUUUUUGCUUGGUGUUCCCAUUCAGGACAUUUUAUCUCUGUGCAAAGACAGGAGUAGAAGCUGAUGAGUGGAUCAAGAUAUUACGCUGGAAACUGUCUCAAAUAAGAAAGCAGCUCGACCAAGGAGAAGGCGCAAUCCGAUCUCGGUCAUUCAUCUUUAAAUAGACCUUUCCUGACCAAAGAUGUCCUGACUCAGGAGCAGGGUGGCAUGGUCCUUGAUGCUGUGAUCCACAGCGGGCUUCAGAGGAAAGCUGACUAAGGAUUUCUCUCUCAAAACAAAUCAAAAGCAGAUGCGGAUUUGGACUUUUCAGAACACACCACAUUUGCUGACUCACAGGUCACUGCUUGCUCUUCAAGAUGUUGUUUUCUUGAGAAUAUCAAAGCAUCAUCGUUCUGAGGAAAACGGAUGGAACUACCAGGCCAGGCAUGCUCACUCUCAGAAUGCCCAAUAGAAGAUAAAGGGAUCUUGUUUUCCCUCACUGUGGUCCUCAAGCUGGUUGACAUUAGUUGCCUAGAGUCCCAUUCUGCCUUACAGUCAGCUCAUCUGACAUCCAGGUUGUGCCAUCAACCAGGACGGGAACAGCUGUGUACUUUGCCUCUACAUCAAGUGUAUGGAAAUAGCAAACACCGAAGAUGGGGGGAGGCAGCGUUAUUUUUGCUUGUCUUUUCUCUUCAUACAGAAACAAUUUCCAAAACUAAAAUGGGAAAUGUUGGCAGUUAUUUAUUUUCUCUUCAUAAAAAGGCUCAGAAAUCUAGAGGGUCCUUCCCUCCCUUCUAAUGAUAAACCUGUGAGAAUUAAAUAUCCUGUGGACUAUCAGGUAGGAUGAUAAAGGAAGGUAAAACCUAAAGAAAAAAUCUCUUCAUCAUUUUGGGGGGCAAUGUUUUCAAGAGUAAGAAAACAAAUGAGGAAAGAUAAUAAAAUAGCAGAUGACUUGUAGUUUAAUAAUAAUAAUUGGCAUUAUUAUCACUCUAACAAUAAUAGAGCACUUGUAGCACCAAUUUGACUUCAGCCAACACUUCUGCCCAUGGAUUGAGAGACUUCUCAAGCAGAGAAGAGUGUGCUAUGGCAAUCUCUUCCCCAGGGUGAGCUGUCCACACCGGCCCAGGGGAAGUAAGAAUCACCUUGCAUUGAUUUCACCGAGCACCCUGAGCCUCAUUCAGGAGCAACUUCUGUUGCCAGUUAAAGGAGCAACACUAAAUCCAUUCAAAAUAUAUAAUGAUGUGUUACUCCACAUUUUCAAGCUAGAAUCACGGGGUUGAAAUAAGAGAACAAGAUGCUGGCAUCCAGAAUUCAUAAUUAGAUUCUAAUCCCUCCCCUUAUCUUUAUUAAUAUUGCUUUUUUAGUAGAAGUUUUAUAGGUAGGAAGAGAGAUAAAAGUGGAGGGAGACCCCAAAACUAAAAAGAGUAUGGUGCAAAGCUAUGAUCUAACACUGCUUUUGCAGUCCAAGUGCAUACCUUGAUCAAUACAUUUCUUCUGUUACUUAGACACCCAGGACUCAGAAGUUAUAUUACAUUUUUGUAUACUUCAACAAGGUUUUUAAUGUAUUUUGUUAUGUGUAUCAUAUGAGAUAAAGCAAAUGUCAAGUUAAAAUGUUUUAUGUCAGUUUCACAAAGGAGUUCCAAAUAAAUCCCCACUGAGGUGU